AUGGAUGACGACGACGAUGACUAUGGCUCCGACGACUUCGGCUCCGACGACUUCGGCUCCCUGCCACCAGGGACGUUGUAUGAGCUGGAACAGAAGGCCUUCCAGGCAACCCAGGCACCCGCCUCACAGUACCGCGCAGAACCGAUAGACAACAAUCUCGCUAUUCGAGCUCAAGCUGAACAAACGAAUGGCAAUGAAUCACUGAGACCGCCGCCUCGCCUACACACGGGAUUGACAAGCGACUACAAUACAUUGGAGGUGGGGGAAGUGGAUGCUGAGGUGUACGAAAACGUGGAUGGGCAGCAUGUCAUUCCCCUAGGCCACCAGAUACAUCCCAUGGAUGAGAGCUGGCCUGCUCACGGGCAGCAGGAUGAUGCCAUGGAGGUGGACGAGUACUACGGACACGGCGAUGCCGCUGCGGAGAUCAACGCACGCUUGCUACAAAUGGAACAAGAAAGGAAUCAAAUGAUGCAAGAGCUAGCCGAAGCCAGAAUACAACUGGAAACGAAAGCCGGGGAAAUCUCCAUCAUUCGCAAGAAGCAAGCAGCGAUCACAGAAGAACAUGACCGGCAAUUGGCCACUCUCCGGAAAACAAUGGCCGACGAGAUCGCCAAGCACAAGCAAGAGGUGGAGGCGGCUCGAUCUGAAGGCAAGGUCCUGGCAACGGAGAAUGUAUUCUUACAACAAGAUCUCGUGGAUGAAGCCUUCCAGGCUCGGCGCUACAAAUCAAAGCACCGCGAGAAGGAAGCCCCAAUUACUCCUAAGAAAUCCCGGGUGCUUCCCUUUCGCGAUGGGUUUGACGAUGACGAGAUCGUCAUGAUAUCGCCCAGCAAAUCCGCUUCACGUUCCAAGCGAGCCACGCCAACAGUUCCCGGAAAGCGUAAACGACAGUCGAGCCAAGACAGCGUUGUGCCUCUAGAUUUGAAUCCUUCUGGUGUGGAGCCCAUUAUAACUGAUGCGCCAGUCGAUGUCGAAGAGGUCAAGAGCAAGCCCGAGUCAAGCCGCAAUCAGCGGUUCAUCAUGCGGCUCUUGGGCCGUCGUGCGCAUCCCGAACAGGAGACUGACCUGGAGGCUCUGGCUAAGCUUACUUUUCCCUCGGAACCGACUCGAUCCAUGUCCAGCACGAUUAUGGAUGCCAUGGCUCGUGCCGACCCGGACAAUUACAUACUAGAAUAUACGCGAACGAUCUCCUCUUUAUGGCAGCGGGCCAUCAACGAGAAAUUCUACGAACCAAUUCCCCGGUUGCAAGCUAUUGUACAAUAUAGCUUGAUGUCAGACGACCUCCAACUCUCGGAUCUGAUUACGCCUCUAGUUGGGGUCUUACAAGACACUGUCGAGGUGAAUGCCGUACCUCGCUUCAAGUACGCACCGGCAUCCCGAGACAAACGGAUGACUCGACAGACCCCACAAGCAGAUCUGCAGCCACUGAUCGACUCGACUGGAGCCAUGCGUCUACUAUAUCAAAUCGCGUGCGGAGUGCUGCACAUCGAGAGUGCAAUGGAGGAAUUCUGGCAGAAUGUCCGCAUCUCUUUCAUUCUAGUGAUGCUUCAUCCGUCACACCCGCUCGGUGACAUUGUCCUCCUAAUGAACCUUCUAUCAACGAGCAUUCGCCCCGACUCCUUCGGUCCGAUCAGGAGUUCUGACCAGGACCAACUAGAUGUGCAAAAGUGGAUCGUGGACCGUCUCACUCAUAUGUUGAGCGAGCCAGCGAUACCAGAUGAAGGCGUUGAGCCAUACACCGCACACGACAUCUGCGCGAUGCGACUCGAGGUUUUACUGCUCCUGGAGUCACUCGCGUUCCAGCCUACCGCUGCAACGCAAAAGCAUGCAAGCACAAUUCUUGCGCUGCAUCCGAAUGCGCUGGCUCGCUUGUUCCGGUCGAUGCAUGAUGAGCUGGAUGCGCUUUACUCUUCACCGCCGGAAUCCGAGCUGCGUGUUUCGCUGGUCAACGGACUCAUGCGGCUGAUCUUUGGAGUUAUGCGUCAACAUGCGUCCUUGAUCAAUAUGCAGGAGAAGCUGGCGUGUGUGUCUGGCAGUAAGCAGAAGCAUCUAGUUGUGUUGACUCGGUUGGCAUUUUGUGAUGGCACCGUGCUGGAGGCUGGCAUCGAUGAUGAGACUGUCGAUAUGGCGCACGAACUGCUUGAAGAAUGGACUAAUCCUCAAGAGGCAGAGUCGUUGGCAGAGGCGUUUCCGAGCUCAAGGAGAGAGUAA